UGGGGCCUUCCGGGGAGAGGAGAGAGCGCGCGGCGAUGGCGGCGGCGCCGGCCCUGAAGCACUGGCGCACUACGUUGGAGCGGGUGGAGAAAUUCGUGUCGCCGCUCUACUUUACCGACUGUAAUCUCCGCGGCAGGUGUGGCCACCUCGUCCAUGGCGCCGGCCGGCCGCAUCCACGCGUCUCUAGCCUUCCCACCCGGGGGGAAACCCAAGCUUCGGCCACCUGGGCCGAGGGACAAAGUGCCCGCCGCGGAAAGGGCUGGGGCCCAGGAGGAGGGGAUGGGGGGAGACUGAGCUGUGAGGCAGCCCUCCCGGCGGUGGAUCGAGGGAAUGCGAGUCCCCACCCGCCGGCUGGCCCACUGGCGCGUGCCCACCUGCCCCUCCCGCCCAGGCUCUUCGGAGACAGCUGCCCAGUGGCCGAGCUCUCCAGUUUCUUGACGCCCGAAAGGCUUCCCUACCAGGAGGCAGUCCAGCAGGAUUUCCGCCCCGCGCAGGUCGGCGACAGCUUCGGACCCACAUGGUGGACCUGUUGGUUCCGGGUGGAGCUGACCAUCCCAGAGGCAUGGGUGGGUCAGGAAGUUCACCUUCGCUGGGAAAGUGAUGGAGAAGGCCUGGUGUGGCGUGAUGGGGAACCUGUCCAGGGUUUGACCAAAGAGGGGGAGAAGACCAGCUAUGUCCUGACUGACAAGCUGGGGGAAGAAGACCCCCGGAGCCUGACCCUCUAUGUGGAAGUAGCCUGCAAUGGGCUCCUGGGGGCCGGGAAGGGAACCAUGAUCGCAGCCCCUGACCCAGAGAAGAUGUUCCAGGUGAGCCGGGCUGAGCUGGCCGUGUUCCACCGGGAUGUCCACAAGCUCCUGGUGGAUCUGGAGCUGCUGCUGGGGAUGGCCAAGGGCCUCGGGGAGGACAACCAGCGCAGCUACCAGGCCCUGUACACAGCCAACCAGAUGGUGAACAUAUGUGACCCCGCCCAGCCAGAGACCUUCCCAGUGGCCCAGGCCCUGGCCUCCAAGUUCUUUGGCCAACGUGGGGGUGAAAGCCAGCAUACCAUCCAUGCCCUGGGGCACUGCCACAUUGAUACAGCCUGGCUCUGGCCCUUCAAGGAGACCGUGCGGAAAUGUGCCCGGAGCUGGGUGACAGUCGUUCAGCUCAUGGAGCGGAAUCCUGAGUUCAUCUUUGCCUGCUCCCAGGCACAGCAGCUCGCGUGGGUGAAGAGCCACUACCCUGGCCUGCAUGCCCGGCUCCAGGAGUUCGCCUGCCGUGGGCAAUUUGUGCCCGUCGGGGGCACCUGGGUGGAGAUGGAUGGGAACCUUCCCAGUGGAGAGGCCAUGGUGAGGCAGUUCCUGCAGGGACAGAGCUUCUUCCUGCAGGAGUUUGGGAAGAUGUGCUCUGAGUUCUGGCUGCCAGACACAUUCGGCUACUCAGCGCAGCUCCCACAGAUCAUGCGCAGCUGUGGCAUCGGGCACUUCCUCACCCAAAAACUGAGCUGGAACUUGGUGAACUCCUUCCCGCACCAUACCUUUUUCUGGGAGGGGCUGGAUGGCUCCCGGGUGCUGACCCACUUCCCGCCUGGUGACUCAUAUGGGAUGCAGGGCAGUGUGGAGGAGGUGCUGAAGACUGUGGCCAAAAACCGGGACAAGGGGCGUACCAACCACAGUGCCUUCCUCUUUGGCUUUGGGGAUGGGGGUGGUGGCCCCACCCAGACCAUGGUGGACCGCUUGAAGCGGCUGUGCAAUACAGAUGGGCUGCCCAGGGUGCAGUUCUCUUCUCCGGAGCGACUCUUCUCGGCGCUGGAGGGCCACUCGGGGCAGCUGUGCACGUGGGUCGGAGAGCUCUUCCUGGAGCUACAUAAUGGCACCUACACCACCCAUGCGCAGAUCAAGAAGGGGAACCGGGAGUGUGAGCGGAUCCUGCAUGACGUGGAGCUGCUCAGCAGCCUGGCCCUGGCCCGCAGUGCCCAGUUCCUCUACCCGGCCGCCCAGCUGCAGGACCUCUGGAGGCUCCUGCUUCUGAACCAGUUCCACGAUGUGGUGACUGGAAGCUGCAUCCAGCUGGUGGCAGAGGAAGCCAUGUGCCACUACGAAGACAUCCGUUCCCGUGGCAACACACUGCUCAGCGCUGCAGCCGCAGCCCUUUGUGCUGGGGAGCCAGGUCCUGAGGGCCUCCUCAUCGUCAACACACUGCCCUGGAAGCGCACUGAAGUGUUGGCCCUGCCCAGGCCUGGUGGGGCCCACUGCCUAGCUCUGGUGACAGUGCCCAGCAUGGGCUAUGCUCCUGCUCCCACCCCCACCUCGCUGCAGCCCCUGCUGCCCCAGCAGCCUGUGUUUGUAGUGCAGGAGACUGACGGUUCUGUGACUCUGGACAACGGCAUCAUCCGGGUGAGGCUGGACCCAACUGGCCGCCUGACGUCUCUGGUGCUGGUGGCCUCCGGCAGGGAGGCCGUUGCUGAGGGUGCCGUGGGGAACCAGUUUGUGCUGUUCGAUGAUGUCCCCCUGUACUGGGACGCGUGGGACGUCAUGGACUACCACCUAGAAACACGGAAGCCAGUGCUGGGCCAGGCAGGGACCUUGGCCGUGGGCACUCAGGGUGGCAUGCGGGGCAGCGCCUGGUUUCUGCUGCAGAUCAGCCCCAAUAGUCGGCUCAGCCAAGAGGUUGUGCUGGACGUCGGCUGCCCCUAUGUCCGCUUCCACACCGAGGUGCACUGGCACGAGGCCCACAAGUUCCUGAAGGUGGAGUUCCCUGCCCGUGUGCGGAGCCCCCAGGCCACCUUUGAGGUCCAGUUCGGACAUCUGCAGCGGCCCACCCACUACAACACCUCUUGGGACUGGGCCCGAUUUGAGGUGUGGGCCCACCGCUGGAUGGAUCUGUCAGAGCACGGCUUUGGGCUGGCUCUGCUCAAUGACUGCAAGUAUGGGGCGUCAGUGCGAGGCAGCGUCCUCAGCCUCUCCCUCUUGCGGGCGCCCAAGUCCCCUGACGCCACGGUUGACAUGGGGCGCCACGAGUUCACCUACGCGCUGAUGCCGCAUGAGGGGUCCUUCCAGGACGCUGGCGUUAUUCCCGCUGCCUACAGCCUCAACUUCCCCCUGUUGGCGCUGCCCGCCCCGGGCCCGGCACCCGCCGCCGCCUGGAGCGCCUUUUCAGUGUCCUCGCCCGCAGUCGUGUUGGAGACCGUCAAGCAGGCGGAGACCAGCGUCCAGGGCCGCAAGCUGGUCCUGAGGCUGUACGAGGCCCACGGCAGCCACGUGGACUGCUGGCUGCACAUGUCGCUGCCGGUUCAGGAGGCCGUCCUCUGUGACCUCCUGGAGCGCCGUGACCCUGCUGGCCCCCUGCCCCUUCGGGACAGCCGCCUGAAGCUCACCUUUUCUCCCUUCCAAGUGCAGUCCCUGUUGCUCGUGCUGCAGCCCGCACCGAGCUGAGUCCCUGAGCGUGGGGUUUUGUUUGUGGAAGGCUUUGGGGGCUCCUCAUUUCUGCCUCUCAAGCCUGAAGCAAGGAUCAGUUACCGCUUGAACAAUAAACGCUUGGCUUAGGAA